UCUCUCUCUCUCUCUCUCUCUCUCUCCCUCCCUCUAACCCUUCUUGUGUGUGUCUUUAAUCCACGAACGCCCUCCCCACGCACGCCCCUGCUCUCUCUCUCUGAAGCUCGGUUGAAGACUAUUUGUCGAACGUGAGGUUCAACACCAUACCAGCAAGAUCCCAAACCUAGGUCCCGGCUCUUCCAUUCCAUUCCAGUCCAGCUGAAGAAGAAUCGAAAGAGCAAAAGAAAGGGAAGGAGGAGAAGAUGGUUUGCAUAAGGCAAGCUACAAUCGACGACCUGCUGGCGAUGCAGGCCUGCAACUUGCUCUGCCUCCCAGAGAACUACCAGAUGAAGUAUUACCUCUACCACAUCCUUUCCUGGCCUCAGCUCCUCUACGUGGCCGAGGAUUACGGCGGCCGCAUCGUCGGCUACGUCCUUGCCAAGAUGGAGGAGGAGUCUUCCGAGUGCCACGGCCACAUAACCUCUCUUGCCGUACUCCGCACCCACCGCAAGCUCGGCCUCGCCACCAAACUCAUGACUGCCGCCCAGAACGCCAUGGAGCAGGUCUUCGGCGCCGACUACGUCUCUCUCCAUGUCCGCCGCAGCAACCGCGCUGCCUUCAAUCUCUACACUGAGACCCUCGGCUACAAGAUCCAUGAUGUUGAGGCCAAGUACUAUGCCGACGGUGAGGAUGCUUAUGACAUGAGGAAGCAGCUCAAGGGAAGGCAGCACCAGCAGCACCACCACCACCAUCACCACCACCACCACCACCAUCAUGGAGGGUGUUGUUCGAGCGAUGGUAAGGCCGGGGACUCCUCGAAAACUGUUUCCGCCACUGCCACUGCUGGUGCUGCUGAAUGACAAUAGGGUGCCCCUGCUAUGUGUGUGAGAGGGGUGUAAUCAAUGGACCAUCUCUUCAUUCAUUGUUCAUUUGCAAGAGAGUGUGGGAAAAAUUUUAUAGCAUUCUUCAAGUCUUCUUGGGUGAUGCUGGGGUCCAUGGUGGGUCUCCUAUUAGCUUGGCCUAGAGGCGGACAGCGGACUAAAGAAAAAGGAGGGGAUGGUGCAGAAGCUUGUAAUGAUGGCGGUUUAGUGGGUUAUUUGGGUGGAGAGAAACUGGAGAUAUUUCGGAAACAAGACUGGCUCUGUGAUGGAUGUAUGUGAGAGGGAAAAAUGUAUAUAAUCGGCUGGGCUUCUUGUAUCAUGGAUUUCGACUGCAAGAUUUUGACCAAAAUGAGGGGUCGUUCUUAGGUGGGAUGUAAUGUACCUUUGUUUUUGAGCCUUCGUUUUCUCCUAAAUAAAUAGUCAUUACCUUAAAAAUAAAAAUAAAAACCUGACAGAAAACAUACGAUUUGUUCAGAUAUACAAUUUGAACAUAUGAUUCAAAUUGUGGAUUGUACUAUGCAAUUCAAAUUGUAUAUCAUACAACUGUGAGAACACUUGGUUAGCAGUACAAUGUAUUCAUUUUACAACACAUACUUGUAUUACAUUUAUAGUUCAGACGGCUGCUAGAAGCCUUGAACUUCUGACUAUUAAAAAACAGGCAAUUCCUGGCUCUCGCCCCUGCUUCAUGCAAACAAGUGCCAAGUGGAGUUCUUUUCUGGAUUUGGGUUUGACCAGACACUGGGUGGGGGAAGAUCAGAACCCUUUUUGACUUCCAUUUGGCAUGGCAUUAAGCCACCCCAAAGUUUUUUCCAACUCAGACAUGAGUAUGCUGCUCAUUUUGGAGUUUCUUUGUAAUCAUUGUGGCUGUCACAUGGUUAUCAUAUUCCAUACAAUUCUCCAAUUGGAAGAUACAUGAAUUAGUCACUUCAGGUCCUGUAACUCAAAAACUUUAUUUUUUUAUU